UAUUGAAUGAAGGUCGGCAAAUUCAAUUUUCAAAUAUAACGACGGAAAUACCGGGCUCGAUGCAUUGCUGAUUUUGAUUCAUUGAAAAGUAAAUAAAUAAACGAAAUAUGCGUAUUCAUAAGUGAAACCUGGUUUGUGUUACACCAAUUUAAAAUGGAGCCAUCGAAGGAGGCAAUCGCUGUGCGUAUCACGCGGUUGAAUCGCCUAAUUUUGGGUAAAGUGACAGGUGGAACUACCAGGUUCAGCAGAAAGACAAUAGAUCGCGAAGCCCUACUGGAUGCUCUAACUGUUCUUUAUGAUGAGUGUAAUGAUGACCCCGUCAAGAAGAGCGAUGACUUGGUCAAAGCUUUUUUGGAUAAGUAUCGCAGCACAUUGGCAGAGCUGCGUAGGACUAGAGUGUGCAUCUCUGACUUUGAGAUGAUUCAAACUAUUGGCCGGGGACACUUUGGAGAAGUGCAUAUGGUGAGAGAGAAACAGACAUGUGAUGUGUAUGCCCUGAAGACGUUGCGCAAGGAGCAAGCUCGCAAGCGCGCCGACGACGAGCGCGACGUGCUCGCCGCUGCCACGGGACCAUGGAUACCCAAGCUGCAGUAUGCUUUCCAAGACAGCAGCAACCUGUACUUAGUGAUGGAGCUGUGCUGCGGCGGCGACCUGGCGGGGCUGCUGGCGCGGCGCUCGCAGCCGCUGUGCGAGCGCGACGCCGCCUUCUACGUCGCCGAGGUGGCGCACGCGCUCAAGGCGCUGCAUGCCAUGGGAUACGUGCACAGAGACGUUAAACCGCAUAAUAUAUUACUCGAUAGAUGCGGUCACGUGAAGCUGGGCGACUUCGGGUCCGCGGCGCGGCUGUCGGAGGGCGGCUGCGGCGGCGUGGCGCCCGCCACGGCCGACUACAUGGCGCCCGAGCUGCUGGCGGCCGCCGACUGCGCCGCGCACACUGUGUGUCAGCACUACUGCGCUCGGCUUGUUACCUCCGCCAUUUCAUCAUGUGACUACUGGUCGCUGGGCGUCAUCGCGUUCGAGCUGGUCACGCUCCGGAGACCAUUCUCUUCGGGAGAAGACGACUCCAUUGCUCAGAUACUUAGUAAUAUACAAAGCUACGAGCGGUCGUCGUCGCCGCAGCUGCCGUGGGACGAGCCGCCGGCGGCGCCGUCCCGCGAGUGGCGCAGCCUGACGGCGGGGCUGCUGCGCGUGGUGGCCGGCAAGCGCUACUCCUACCUCGACACGCUGCAGCACGCGGCCCUCGCGCAUCUGCCCGCGCAUAACAUACGCGACCAGGCGCCGCCGUGGGUGCCGCUGGUGCGCGGCGCGGAGGACGCGGCGCACUUCAGCGUGCCGGCGCGGGCGCCGCCGCCGCCCGACGCGCAGCCCUUCCGCACGCGCCCGCCCUUCGCCGGGCAGCUGCCCUUCGUCGGCUACUCGUACGUAUCGCAGGACGACAGCGAGGAACACAGCGUUGGGUUCAACGCCUCGCACGACUGCACAGCCAUUGACUUGGCAACUUUCAAGUCAGCAGAGAAGUUGGCCGCGAUGCGGAGUCGCGAGAUCACCUCGCUUCAGGCGAAGCUCGCGGAGGCGGAGUCGCAGGCCAGCGCCGGCAUCGACCGCGUGAGGAACGAGGCCGAGGCCGAGGCCGAGAGGCAGCGAGCGAGGCUGCAGGCCGAGAUCACGGCGCUUAGCUUGCAGAACAAACGUCUAGAGCGUCAAGUGGAGGUAGAGCGCGAGGAACGCAUGGCGCUGCAGCGCUCCAACCAGGAGCUGUCGUCCAGCAUCGCCGAGCGCAACAGUGCUGAGGUGCGCAGCGCCCGGGCAGCCGCUGCAGCGCUGCAGGUCGAACGCGAUACCCUCCGAGACGACUUACAGCGGCUGGAGGGACGUCUAGACAUGCUGGCCGCCGAGUGCAAGCGCGCCGAGGCCGACGCCGACGCCGCCAGGGCGCAGCAACAACACUAUAAGGAUAUAAUAGAGCGCGUGUACGAGCUGCGGCACCGCGCGAUCACGGAGCUCAACGUGCGGCCCAUCGACACGAUAGCGAAGGAGCGGGCAUUGCGACGACAGACGCUGAGCGGUGAUGCGGACAGCCGGUCAGCCGCGCGUGUAGCCGCCGCCGACGCCGCCGCAGCUAACGAGAUGCGAGCCCGACAAGCCACCGAGAAGAAGCUCGCCAUUCUCGACGACGAGAACAAACGCCUCACCGACGAGCUCGACGCUGCUGCCAAAACUCUGGCCUCCAUGCAGGAAAAGUUAAACGAGAAGCAGCGAGAAGCCACCACGGCUUCAGAACAGAUGAAGGAGUUACAGGUUCAACUGGCGCAGGAGCGUGUAAAAGCUUCCACGUUACUCGCGCAAGUACAGGAGUUGGAGCGCGGCGUGGAGGCGUCGGUGCGGCGCGAGUCUGCGCUGGAGGAGCAGUGCGCGCGCACCGAGGCGCGCCUCACCGAGCGACUGCGCGGCGCCGAGCAGCGCGCCGCCAAUGCGCUGCACGACGACGCCAGGCAUCGCGAGAAGGUGAACACACUAGAGCAACUAGUGCGACAGUUAGAGCGCGAAGUUAGCGCUUUGGAGAAGCGAUCCUGCGCCGCGUGUGCCGCCGCCGCGUCCACGUCCGCGCAGCCCGAGAGCGAGCGCGGCACUGACCUGCCCAGCGCUCGCACGCCGCACAGCGACACCGAGAGCGUCGCCGACGCGCAUGCGCACGCACACGUCUCGCUCCUCAAGGAACAGCUUGAACGGGCUGAGGCACAGUUGCAGGCUCGAGCUGAAGAAAUUGCAAGUCUGCGACAAGAGGCUAGAGCCGCCAAUCUAGCGAGAUGGCGGAAGGAACGCGAAUUCAACGAGCUCUCAGUGGAAACGAAAUCCUCUAUGCGCGACUUCAAACGCUUGGAGGAACGUCUGAACCUCGCGGUGGAGGCGCGCAGGACUGCCGAGCAGAAGGCCAUCGAGGCCAACGCUGAACUGGCCAAGCUGAGGCCCGAACACGAACACGCUACCAAGGAGGUAGAGCGAAUGAGAUCUCAGCUGGAUAAGCUUACGAAGGCCCAUGAAGUCGUGCAGGCUGAAGUCGAGAGGUCACGUAACGACAUCCGCAAGUUGAAGAGUGAGCUGCAGUACAGUGAGAAGAGGCGCCUUCACGCGGAGGAGCAAGAGGAGCUCUCCUCCCGCGAGAGGUCCCAGCUGAGGGAUGAGCUACAGGAAGUCAGGAGACACAACAACGAACUUGUACAGAACAACAAAGCGCUGCAAGACGCGUGUGGUAUGCUAGAAGAACAACUGACAGAUCUCGAGAAGAUUGCUGACAUUCACGAGCUCAAGAAUAAGGAUCUCGAGGGUCAGCUGGCAGGCGUCCGCACGGAGCUGGAGUCGUGCCGCUCGCGGCUGGGCGAGGCGGAGGCGGCGGCGUGCGAGCGCGGCGCGGCGGCCUCGCGCGCGGCGCUGCAGCACACCGAGGCACGCGACCAGGCGAGGCAUGCGCACCACGAGCUGCAGCUGCUUAGGGAGCGUCUGGAGGCGCGCGAGACGCGCGUGGCGGAGCUGGAGGCGCGCGCGGCGUCGCUGGAGAGCACGCGCGCGGCGGGCGAGGCGGCGCUGGGCGCGGCGGCGCGGCGCGUGCGCGAGCUGCAGGAGGAGUGCGCGGCGCUGCGCACGCGCGCGCACCACCACCACGCGCACGCGCUGCAGCUGCAGGCCACGCUGCACGACCUGCAGGAGGAGUUGGCGGCGGCGCGGGAGGCGGCGGAGGCGGCGUCGGCGUGGUGGCGCACGCGCGAGACCAAGGCCGACGCCACGCUGCGCCAGCAGGCCAAGCUCAUCGACUUCCUGCAGGCUAAAGUAGAAGAGGCUGGUCGCAAGAAAUGCUCACUAAGCAACAAGUUGUUCGGUCGCUCCGGGCGCAGGACUGCCGCCUCGCCACCUCUUAGGAGAGCCAACAGGGAGUUACGUGAGGAGGUAGAGAGACUACGCGCCAAGCUCGCGGCCUGCAAUGCAGCAGCUGACCAGAGCUAUCCAUCUACACCUAAGCGUGAGAAAGCGAAGCCGAUCGUGAAUGGGUCAAACAAAUCUAUCGACUCUCCAGACGGAGCUCAAGACAAAGGCCUGCUAAUAGUCUGGUCUGACGGCAGCCGCGAGCGCAUGCGCGCACGCUGCGUAGACGAGUGCCUGCUGCUCUCCAGCGGUAGUCGCGAGCUGCGCGGGCAACUGCUCGCCGCCGACGCCAAGAACCUGCCGCACAACGAGGCCAACAGGGCUUUCAUGGUAAAGCUGGAGAACUGCGACCGCGGUCAGUCGGCGGCGGUGGUGUGCGGUAACAUCGCGGAGCGGUCCGCGUGGAUGUCGCGCCUCCGCGCCGCCGCGCCCGCGCCGCCCGGCUACGUGCCCGCGCUUCUGGCGCCGCUCGCCUCCGAGCCGACUGCCGCGCUAUAUGUAGCACCUAACGCCACUGCCAUCGGUUGCGCGGACGGUCUGCACUCGCUGCGCGGCGCAGUGCGCGUGGAGGGAGCGGGUGGCGGGGCGGUGUCGGGCGCGCUGGCGGCGGGCGGGCGCGCGCUGCUGGUGGUGGGCGGCGCGCUGGUGCAGGCGGGGCUGCUGGCGCUGGGCUCCGCGCUGCGCCGCGCCGCCUCGCUGCGGCCCGCCCUGCCCGUCUCGCCCGUGCCGCUGCCCGACAACACGCCGCCGCAUGUCAUGAAGGCUAUCGCAGGCGACGCGGUGGACGGCCCGUGCGCGGCGGUGGCGUGCGGGCGGCGCGUGUUCCUGCUGCGCUACGACGCCUCCACCACGGAGUUCAAGAUCGCGCGCUCGCUGACGGUGGACCGCCCCGCCAACUCGCUGCUGCUCACCACCAGGACGCUGUACAUCGCCGGCGAGAAGCCGCUCAAAGUCAACCUGCCCUCCGGAGCGCUCGAGUCCUUCGGCAUGGACGAGCCCACUGUGGCCGCCGCCGCUAAGAAACACUCCCCACCCAAAGCUUUCUUACUCAUAAAAGAUAAACCCACCGAGAUACUCCUCUGUUACGCGGAGUGCGGCAUCUUCGUCGACGAGAACGGAAAGCGAACGCGCAACGAGGACCCGAAGUGGAGCACAGCCGUGUACAGCUGGGAGUUCGUCAACCCAUUCCUGUAUGUGAUAGGAGAUGACAAAGUGACCAUAGUGUACUUGAACGACGACGCGUACCGCACUCCGCCCUGCACGUGCGACACCACGUCCGUGGCCUCCACCGCAUCCGACUGCUACUUGCCAGAAAUAUUCACGUUGAAGAUGAAGGAACCCGUGCUGCUGGGAGCCGCACCCAACGGAAUAAUAAUACGCUCUAAAAGCGAAAAUGGUUUUAACGUGUCUCUGAUAGAGGGAAUGGCAGCCUUCAGAAGUGUCGGCGCAUCUGUAGAGUCUUUAGCCACAAUCUCAGACACGAAGGGAUCGACAACAGACCUGGCGCAGUCGACAGACGGGAUACCGCAGGAUGUGUCUCAAGAGAGUGUGGAAGUGACCACGGGCUUCCUCGCAGACAUCAGGAAACGAGCGCGACAGCUGCGUAACAAACACCGCAAGGAGCAGACGCCCGAUGACGUCAUAAAAGAAAUAUUGACAACGGAAGUCGACUUAAAACGUACGACCAACGGCAGGAAGUCUCCCGCGACUAUAUCAGAGUUCGACUCGGACACAGACUCGGACCACAGUGUCACGAAGACAGAGUCGCCGAAGGUCACGGCGGACAUAUGUGCGGAAAUGUUCACGAGACAAGUGCGCUUCCAGUGAUAUUCAUAUUGCCAGUCAAACUCCAGAGAGUAGCGAGUCUGAUUAUACAUUGUAUAUCGAAUAUAUAAAGCACGUGCGAUACAGGAACACAUGUCAUGUACCUGAGAGAUAGGAUGUGUGAAUGCAGAUGUGAAGGCAACAGAUUAGAUUUAAAGUUUGUAUUUUAAUAGUAUUUCUUAAUUGUAGGCGUUAAUAAGUUUUAUAGGUAAUAUUAUUUAUACCAUGCCUUAGCAGCCUAAUUUUACUUUUGAACCACACCGUCUUAGCACAUAACUUACUAAUAGUAUGUACAUUUUAUUUAUUGAAUAAUUUAACUUGAUUGUCUAUGUUACGAUGUACACAUUUUGUGGAUUUUAAAAGUCAAUAAUUAAUUAGAUAAUGAAUAUGUUUUGUAUGAUUUUUGAAACGCGUAAGCACACCUUUUAUACGAUAAUUAAUACUGCAUUGUCUAGUUAUUUUUACUGUGAUUUUAUAACUGACUUGAUUUCUGUUUAGAUUAGUUUUAAAUGUAAGUGAUCUUUGUUUACGUUCUUUGACUCGUUAAAUAUAUAUUUUUGUAAAGCCGC